GGGUAAGCGGGUUCUAACCGAAAACUGCCCGGCGUCCCUGGUUAAGCGAAAGUCUUGUUUCGCUCGCCCAUCUGCCUUCCUCGCUCUUUUUAAAGCAGCUGCCCCUAUUCCCUUAGCACCCGACAAUCAAAUCUUUCUAAUCACCUCCAUUUUGUCCGAAAGUUUUUUAGGCUUUUGUCAAACUUAAAUCUGAGACCCCGGACGUGUAGGCAAUUUUUUGUCCAUAUUCCACGUUACACUUCAGCAAUCAUGUCGUCGUCACCAGAAUACCGGGCAGGCAAGCGGCCGAGAACCCAAUCACUCCCGCCUCCGGAGCUGCCGCAACUGGUGGCCGAGCAACAUGCCCCAAUCCCACCAACCGACAAGGACUCGAAGCGACUGAUUGUUGUCUUGUCCAAUGCCAGCCUCGAAACCUACAAGGCAUCGCACGGCGGAGUUAGCCGCAUGGGUGUCCAAAGGGAGGAGAAGUACUCGCUGCUCAACAGCGACGAGCACAUCGGCGUCAUGCGCAAGAUGAACAGGGACAUUAGCGACGCGCGCCCGGACAUCACACACCAGUGCCUGCUCACCCUCCUCGAUUCCCCGAUAAACAAGUCCGGAAAACUGCAGAUCUACAUUCAGACCGCCAAGGGCGUGCUCAUCGAAGUCUCGCCGUCGGUCCGCAUUCCCCGGACAUUCAAGCGCUUCGCCGGCCUGAUGGUCCAGCUCCUCCACCGUCUCUCCAUCAAGGGCACCAACUCGCAGGAAAAGCUCCUGAAAGUGAUUCAGAACCCCAUCACCGACCAUCUCCCCCCCAACUGCCGGAAGAUCACGCUCAGCUUUGACGCGCCGAUGGUGCGGGUGCGCGAUUACAUCGACACGCUCGGAACGGACGAGAGCAUUUGCGUCUUCGUGGGUGCCAUGGCCAAGGGCGCGGACAAUUUCGCCGACGCCUACGUGGACGAAAAGAUUUCGAUCAGCAACUUCAGCCUUUCGGCGAGCGUUGCCUGCAGCAAGUUCUGCCAUGCCGCUGAGGACAGCUGGGACAUCCUCUGAGGCGGACGCCACGCCACAACGCAAUGGCUACGAGGCUGCUGUGGCCGGUCGUCGGGCUGGCCCUCAACCUAAUGAUACCGACAAGGAUUGGGGAUGGGAUGGAAAGAUCUGUCGGCUCCCUAUCUUGAUUCAGGGGGCUGCGGUUGCAUUGUGUCUGUUCCGCGAUACAACAUCGCGGUUAACGACCUUUGUCUUCCGGAACUUGGGUCAUCUGUGCUUGAGCUGUCGGUGUUUUUGCAACCAAAACAUGGGGCAUUCAACAACGGAACCCAAGACGCUUUCGUCGUCUACACACUGCCACUUCAACUUGGCCUGUGUCUUCCCCUUUUUUUUUUUCUUUUUUUCAUACCACUUUUUCACACUACAUAAU